AUGUUAGGAGGUGAGCAAACAGCUGAAGAGUUCUAUAACAGUUUUAGAGGUGCUAUACAAGCAACAAAACAAGUUGUUACAUUUGUUAAGACAGUUGUUGAUAUUGUUAAACCAAUUCUUGAGUUUGGAGCUCAAAUCAAACAGUUCAUUGAUACAAUCAAAGGAUUUUUGAAUGUUUUGACUCCUGUUAAUUCUGUUGUUACUGUUCUUGAUUUCUUAGGAUUUACAAAGUAUAAAUCUGAUAAUAUCGUUGGUUUCUUUGCUGAACUCGCCAAGUUAUUGAAGAAAUUAGGUUAUUACAUUCCAAUCAAGGAAACAGUCAUUGAUUUCGUUAAAAAACUUUCUAAAUUGACUUAUGAUGAAAGUUUGAAGGUUCAGGAUAUUUUCGACCAAACAUCGAAUCCUGAGACAACAACAGGUUUGUUUGAUGGAUUAAGGAAAUUGGCUGACAGAAAGAAUCUCGGAGAAGCAUUCGCUGAUUUCACAAUUGGAGGAAUUAAUCCUGUACAAACAAUGAAGAAUAUUGAAAAAUUGCCGGAAAAUGAUCAAUCUAUUGAAAAUCUUGUUAACUGUCUUUCUGAUGGAAAAAGGAACUGCUGA